AUGCAAACAGAACUCGAAGUCCGCGUUGCUGCUGCAGUGCUGCACUUCUUGGAGCAGCAGGAGCUGCUGAAGGCGGCAAAGGCAUUGAGGAAAGAAGCAGCAAACAGGGAGUGGGAUUUAACAGCAGCAGCAGCAGAGGGAGAUUCAUUUGAUUUGUUGCAGCUGUGUGCUGCAGCAGCAGAAACAGCAGCAGCAGCAGCAGCAGCAGCAGAAUCUGCUGCACCGGCGGAAGCGAAGAAGAAAACAAAGAAAAACAAAUUAAAGAAAGAAGAAAAAGAAGAAGAUGAAGAUGAACAAGUUAGCAACCCGAAGAAGAAGAAGAAGUUUAAAGCGAUGCAGCAGGAUGAAGUGCAAGACAUAGAAAUAGAAGCAGCAGCAGCAGCAGAAACAGCAGCAGAAACAGCAUCAGAUGCAGCAGCAGAUGCAGCAGCAGAAGCAACAAAUGCAAACUGCAGCAAGAAGGCAGGUAAACAGCAGCAAUUAAAUAAAAAAGAAGAAGAAAAAGAAAACAAAACACAAGAAGACAUGCAUGAAAACCAACAGAAAAAUAACAACAAAGGAGCAGCAGCAGGUAGGACGGAUCUACUCUGA